GUGUGUCUGUGGCUGCUGCCUGCGACACGACUUUGUGGGCGUGACUUUGUUGCCCAGGGAUUGUAGGAAGAUGGGAGCCCAAGUUUUGAGGCUGUAGCAUAGAGAAGAAGUCGCCAGGGCUUUGAAAAAGGAGCAGAGAGGCAGUAGCCAGGGCUUUCUUUCACUCUCUUGGGCCAAGCGCCAUGCUUUUCCCAGCCUGCAGGGUUUCCCCUCGAGCACAUCGUUGUCUGUCUGUAUUAAAGUCAACAAGAAAAGACUGCCUUCGGCCUUUUAGUGCAACACGAUGGGCUUCUACUACUGUGCCUCAAAUCACCACCCACUAUUCCAUUCAUCCACGGGACAAAGACAAACGAUGGGAAGAGGUCAGCAUGGAAAGAUUUGCAGAAGAAGCUGACGUUCUUAUAGUUGGAGCAGGCCCCGCAGGACUCUCAGCAGCUAUUCGACUCAAGCAGUUAGCCAAGGAACAUGACAAAGAAAUCCGUGUGUGCCUUGUGGAAAAAGCUUCUCAGAUUGGUGCACAUACACUUUCUGGAGCUUGCCUUGAGCCACGUGCCUUGGAAGAACUGUUGCCAGACUGGAAAGAGCAAGGGGCUCCAUUACAUACUACUGUAACAGAAGACAAGUUUGGAAUACUAACAGAGAAAUCUAGAAUUCCAGUUCCCAUUCUUCCAGGACUUCCAAUGGUUAAUCAUGGAAAUUACAUAGUUCGUCUGGGACACUUUGUGAGCUGGUUGGGUGAACAAGCAGAAGCGCUUGGUGUUGAAGUCUAUCCAGGUUAUGCAGCAGCUGAGGUUCUUUUCAAUGAAGACGGUAGCGUGAAAGGGAUUGCCACAAAUGAUGUUGGUAUCCAAAAGGAUGGAGCACCUAAGGCUACAUUCGAAAGAGGCUUGGAACUGCAUUCCAAAGUAACAAUGUUUGCAGAAGGCUGUCAUGGACACCUUGCAAAGCAGUUGUAUAGCAAAUAUAAUUUAAGGGAGAAUUGCCAACCUCAAACUUAUGGCAUUGGACUUAAAGAGCUUUGGCUUAUUGAAGAAAAUAAAUGGAAACCAGGAAGAGUAGAGCACACAGUUGGUUGGCCUUUGGACAGAAGAACAUAUGGAGGAUCUUUUCUUUAUCAUCUAAAUGAAGGUGAACCACUUGUAGCUCUUGGAUUUGUGGUUGGUUUGGAUUAUCAAAACCCUUACUUGAGUCCAUUUAAGGAAUUUCAGAGGUGGAAGCACCAUCCCAGUGUACAGCCUACUUUAGAAGGGGGUAAAAGGAUUGCUUAUGGUGCUCGAGCUCUUAAUGAAGGUGGAUUCCAGUCCAUACCCAAACUUACAUUUCCUGGUGGCGUUCUCAUUGGCUGCAGCCCAGGUUUCAUGAAUGUUCCAAAGAUUAAAGGUACACACACAGCAAUGAAGAGUGGCAUGCUGGCUUCAGAAGCCAUUUUUAAUCAACUAGCUAAUGAAAAUCAUCAAUCAAAAACAAUAGGUCUUUAUGUGCCUGAAUAUGAAGACAAUCUAAAGAAAUCAUGGGUAUGGAAAGAACUCUAUUCAGUUAGAAAUAUUCGUCCUUCCUGUCAUAGUAUCUUGGGUUUGUAUGGAGGAAUGAUUUACACUGGCAUAUUUUACUGGAUACUAAGAGGAAACGAGCCUUGGACCCUAAAACAUCCAGGAACAGAUGCAAAGCAGCUAAAGCCAGCCAAAGAUUGCACACCUAUUGAAUACCCAAAACCUGAUGGGAAAAUCAGUUUUGACUUGCUUUCAUCAGUGGCUCUGAGUGGUACAAAUCAUGAGCAUGACCAGCCACCUCAUUUGACUCUGAAAGACGACAGUGUUCCUGUCAACCAUAACUUAGCUAUAUAUGAUGGACCUGAGCAACGAUUCUGCCCUGCAGGGGUUUAUGAGUAUGUUCCUGUGGAAAGUGGAGAAGGCUUGCGAUUGCAAAUAAAUGCUCAGAACUGUGUCCACUGCAAGACAUGUGAUAUUAAAGAUCCCAGCCAGAAUAUUAACUGGGUUGUUCCUGAAGGUGGAGGAGGACCAGCAUAUAAUGGAAUGUAGUCUUGAGCAACAUGGAAAGAAUAUUCUUGCCAGUGCUGCAGAAUCAUAGUGUUGGAAUCAUCCUCAAUUAGUAUUAUGUUCAAGAAGGAAUUUAUGGUCAACAUGUCCAGGUGGACUAGCCUUAUUUGAGUGAACUUAUACUUAUGAGAAAGUGGUGUGAUACUAGUCUGAAUACGUUCUAGUCUGGUUUGCCAAAACCUCAGUUUAAAUAAUGGACACAGCUCAGAACAAAGAAUAUGAAAACAGGUAUCAAAUUCUCUGUAACUUUUCUGUGUCUUACUUUCUUGAUACAGUACCUAAAUUUCAUUGACUUUGAUCUGAAAGGAGCAGCUUGGAGAAUACUUCUGGCAUAGAUUUCAUUGCUGUAAAAGGGAAUACCAUACUGAUUGAACAAUCUGGCAUAACUUCAUUUUGUUAAGUAAAGAAUACUUUACCAAUACAA